AUGGCUCAAACGAGCUUGACUUCUGUCGCAGCCAAGGCCCCCUGGGUCUCAAAUCAUGUUGCACGCGAGAUCCUGGUCCGGAUUCACUUCGCCUAUCCGGUAGCUCUCUUGUUCAUCUUUCUCAUUGCAUUUAUCCUCCGCAGUGUGCUUGCUGCGAAAGUACAGCCUGAGCAGACUCCAUCCACGGUUCUUAAAGGUCCGGGUGGAAAGCCUCUGCCGGUAAAGACCAAACGUUCUCCCAAGCAAAGCCUUGGAAAAGAUGCUGUCAAUCUCAGCCCAGCUCGAAAGGCUGCCUUUGACUGGCUCUCUGUUGGCGUCAUCCUGACCUUCUUUGCUAACGCUGUUGACGUUGUUGCUCAUGCAAUAUUCAAGCGGAACGAGGGCUGGUGGUGCGGCCAGUCUGUGGUGGUAUACGUUGUCGCCUCGUUCUUCGUCUACUCGCUCAUUCUAAUCUCUCUCAUUGAUGCGAAACCGGCACCAACUGCCACUCAUGCGGUCACCUGGAGCGUGGGCUGGCUAUUUGAGAUUGUCCUUUUGGGAGCAUCCCUUGCGCUGUACAAUUCAGACCAUAGAGAGCCCAAGGUUCGUGGUGAGGGACAAGGCAAGUUACGGCGGCAUAUGACCGGAUGGGAGAUUGCAGAAAUUGCCAUCGACCUCGUCAGAAUCGUGCUCCUGUCUGUUCUCAUCGCUCUUUACGUUUCCUUCAUACUGGUCGAAACCUCAAAGCGACGCAAAGCAGCUGCGGCGGACCGAGACACGGAAGAAACCACUGGGCUUUUGAAUGGACAACAAACAGGUAAUGGUGUUGCAAAUGGGCGAUCGGCUGCUGAUUAUGGUGCGAUCCCUGCGCAAAAGCAACCAGAGGCGGAGCCAGAGGCGGAGCCCGAUGGCUGGAGCCGACCGACCACAGCUCCGGCCAAGAGUUGGUGGGAAUACAUUAGAGGCUAUUCCGUGUUUUUUCCUUACCUCUGGCCGGCUGGCAGUCGCAGACUACAGUUCGUUGUAGUCAUGUGCUUCUUGAUGGUUGUCCUGCAGCGAGUUCUGAACGUUCUGAUCCCAAAUCAAGUUGGUAUCAUCACCGACAUUCUUUCUGGCGAGGACCGUAAAGGUCGCACGUCUCCCUGGGGCCCAAUUUGUGUCUACAUCGUUUUUCGUGUACUGGGGGGCGGCAGUGGUCUCCUUGGCGCCAUACGCUCAACCCUUUGGAUACCCAUUUCGCAGUACUCCUACCAGGCACUUUCUACUGCCGCUUUUGAACAUGUACACGGUCUUAGCUUAGACUUUCACCUUGCCAAGAGAACGGGCGAAGUGUUAUCGGCCCUGAGCAAGGGAAACUCCAUCAACACCUUCCUUGAACAAGUCACAUUCCAAGUCCUUCCGAUGUUGGUAGACCUCGGGGUUGCCAUAGCUUAUUUCCUCGUUGCCUUUGAUGCUUAUUACGCACUGGUUGUGUCAAUCAUCACAUUUGCAUAUCUCUACGUUACUAUUCGCAUGGCACAGUGGAGAGCGCAGAUUCGACGUCAGAUGGUCAACGCCGGCCGUGAGGAGGAUGCUGUCAAGAAUGACUCUAUGGUGUCUUACGAGACAGUCAAGUAUUUUAAUGCCGAGCAGUACGAGUUCACUCGGUACCGGGGUGCCGUUCAAGCGUACCAGCGCGCCGAGUACAAAGUCUUGCUGUCUCUGAACAUAAUGAAUGUUACACAGAAUGUCGUCUUCACUCUUGGUCUCCUCAUAACAUGCUUUAUUGCUGCCUACCAGGUCACCACCGGGCAACGCAAAGUCGGCCGAUUCGUUACUCUCCUCACAUACAUGGCUCAGCUCCAAGGGCCUCUGAACUUCUUUGGAACAUUCUAUCGAUCCAUUCAGUCAGCCAUGAUCAACUCUGAGCGCAUGCUUGAACUAUUCAGAGAGCAGCCAACAGUUGUUGAUGAGCCUCAUGCCCAGCCAUUGACGUCCUGUGAAGGUGACAUUCGUUUUGAAGAUGUGGAAUUCGCGUAUGACAAGCGUAAGGCAGCACUUACUGGUCUCAACAUUCGAUGUGCUCCAGGAACUUCGACUGCUCUUGUGGGCGAAUCUGGCGGUGGAAAAUCUACCGUCUUCCGUUUGCUCUUCCGGUUCUACAAUGCUCGAGCUGGAUCCAUUAAGGUCGACGGCCACGAUGUCACCGAUGUCACCAUUGAUUCUCUUCGCCGACACAUUGGAGUCGUCCCACAAGACACUGUACUAUUCAACGAGACCCUGAUGUACAAUCUCAAGUACGCGAAUCCCGGUGUGUCAGACGAAGUGGUACACGAGGCUUGCCGAGCCGCAUCGAUCCACGACAGGAUCAUGACUUUCCCUGAUGGUUACAAUUCUAUAGUCGGUGAGCGUGGUUUACGUCUUUCUGGAGGCGAAAAGCAGCGUGUCGCGAUUGCCCGAACCAUCCUCAAGGACCCUCGGAUCAUCCUCCUCGACGAAGCCACAGCUGCUCUGGAUACUGAAACAGAACAGAACAUUCAGACUGCUCUCGCUUCCCUUGCCAAAGGGCGUACCCUGCUUGUCAUCGCCCACCGUCUCAGCACAAUCACCUCUGCCGACCAGAUUGUUGUCCUCCACGCUGGAAAGGUCGUCGAGUGCGGAACUCAUGAAGAGCUUCUCGCCAAAAAGGGCCGUUACGCAAGCAUGUGGCGCAAGCAGAUCCGCGCUCAGAGAGCCGCAGAAGAAGCUCGAGUCCUUAAAGAUCGAGCUGAGAAGCUAAAGGAGGAAGCUGCUGGUGGUGGUAUUGACAGCGCGUCCCAGAGCGAAGAUGAACGUCAAGCUUUCUCUGGGAAAAGAGGCACUGGAGGAGCUCCUUCUGGUGAUUCAGGUGAUUCAAAGCCGCCUGGACACCCGUAA